AUGGAGAGGUGCGGGAGCUGGGACUGCGAUGCGGCGUCGCAGGCGGCCGCGCAGAAGGCGGUGCCGGCGCCGUUCCUGACCAAGACGUACCAGCUGGUGGACGACCCGGCCACGGACCACAUCGUCUCCUGGGGGGACGACCGCGUCUCCACCUUCGUCGUGUGGCGCCCUCCGGAGUUCGCACGCGACAUCCUCCCCAACUACUUCAAGCACAACAACUUCUCCUCUUUCGUCCGGCAGCUCAACACCUACGGCUUCCGGAAGGUGGUUCCGGAGCGGUGGGAGUUCGCGAACGAGUUCUUCCGCAAGGGGGAGAAGCAGCUGCUCUGCGAGAUCCACCGGCGCAAGACGUCGACGUCCACGGCGUCGCCGUCGCCCCCGCCCUUCUUCGCGCCGCCUCAUCACUUCCCGCUCUUCCACCCGGGCGCCCCGUACCACCACCACCAGUUCGACGACGGGGUCGUGGCGGCGGCCGCGCACGCAGGCGUUGGCCUCCCGUUCCCGCACCCGCAUUGGAGGGAGCCGCACGCCGCCGCCGCGCCGGUGGCCGCCACGCGGCUCCUAGCCCUGGGCGCCCCUCCUCCGUCGCCGUCGCCGUCGCCGCUGCCCGCCGCCGACGCCGGCGGCGGCGGCGGAGGCAACAACGCGGGGCGCGCGGCCACCGCGGCCGUGCUGAUGGAGGAAAACGAGCGGCUGCGGCGCAGCAACACGGCGCUGCUGCAGGAGCUGGCGCACAUGCGCAAGCUCUACAACGACAUCAUCUACUUCGUGCAGAACCACGUGCGCCCCGUGGCGCCCAGCCCGGCCGCGGCCGCGUUCCUGCAGGGGCUCGGCCUGCAGGCUGCUGCGCGCAAGAAGCCCGCCGCCGCCGCCCCCGUGUCGGCCGCGGGCCUCAACCACUCCGGCGGGAGCACCACGUCCAGCAGCUCGCUCACCAUCGCGGAGGAGCUCUCGCCGCCUCCGCCGCAGCAGGCCAACAAGAGCGGCGGCGGCGAGGAGGCCGGAAGCAGCGGCACCGCGCGGUCUGCCGCCGCCGCGCCGCCUACCAUGCUCUUCGGCGUGCACCUCAGCGCCGCCCCGAGCGGCGCGGGCGGCACCAAGAGGCCAGCUUCCCCGGAGGAAGCAGACCAGCCGCCCACGUCGCCUGCCAGGAAGCCACGGCUGGCGCUGGACGGCGCCGACCUAAGCCUGACCAUCCCGGUGCCCUCCGCCGCCUCGUCCCCAGUUAGCACUAGCUAG